AUGGCGGCCCUCAGCAGCCCCGUCUCGCUGCAGACUCUCCCCACUUCAGAGCGCUCCGAGACGGCCACAGAAGCAGAGCAGGAGCCGAGGGACGCGGAGCCCAUGGAGGUGGAGGAGGGCGAGCUGGAACUAGAGCCCCCGGAGAGCCUGGAGCCUCAGCCGGAGGACGUGACCGUGAAGAGGACCGUGUUCCCCGACACGAGUCGGCGACACUACAAAAACAAGGCCGGAGCGUUUAUCACUGGGAUUGACGUCAACUCAAAGGAGGCCAUUGAGAAGAAGGAGAAGAGAGCACAGCGAUUCCAUUUCAAAGCCGAAGAGAGCGCCCCCCAGAGGACAGUCUGCCUGGAUAAGGACAGCGUCAGGAAAGCGCUCCCUAGUGUCCGGAUGGAGGCCCUGCACAUGGAGGGUCUGGACGACAUGAGCACUGAGGACGUGUUCGGGUUUUUCAGAGAGUAUCCUCCAGCGCACAUCGAGUGGAUCGACGACACUUCCUGUAACGUGGUUUGGCUGGACGAGGACACCUGCAUCAGAGCGCUCGUCAACACCACCAGCAGGCCCCUCCCCUCUGAGACUGGCUCCGCCCCCACGGAGCCGACGGGCAAGACACAGGGCCAAUCAGAGCACGGCAAAGGACGCAGAGGUCGAAGGUCAGAUGAUGACGAGGAGGAUGAAGAAGAGGAUGAAGAAGACGGGGAGGUGGAGAAGAAGCUCUCUCCUCCCACAGAGACUCAGGUCCAGGACUUGUCUGGAGCCGAGGUGGAGUCUCUGCUGAGUAACGAGUUCAGACCAUCGAUCAAACUGUUCAAAGGAAACACUCUUCUUAUGCGCUUCGCAACGCAUGACGACAAAAAAGAGCCUGGAGCCGCUCGCCGCAGCAGAUACUACAUGAAGUACGGGAACCCAAACUACGGAGGCAUGAAGGGCAUCCUCAGCAACUCAUGGAAGCGCAGAUAUAACAACCGUCGGACCCAAAGAGACGUCCUGAAGACCAAGAAACCUCUACUUGGAGACAGUCUGGGACACACACCGCCCUACCCCCACAGGCACUCAGCAGAGCUGGUGAAUCUGCCUGAAGAGCCCAUAAAGGAGGAGGAAGAGGACGAGGAUGAGGAGAUGGACUCUGAUGACCGUGUGGUGGAAUACCGCGACCGGGGACCGCGGCGAACUCGCAUAGGACCCGCCCACAGCCCCUCCCCCUACUCCUCUGACUCUGCCUCCUCGGACUCCGACCACAUGGACUAUGACCUGGAGCUGAAGAUGAUCUCCACGCCGGCGCCCAAGAAGAGCAAGAAGAUGACCAUGUACGCUGACGAGCUGGACACCAGGUUGAAGAGCAUACGGAACCGUCUGGGAGGAUCAGCUCCUCAGAGGAAACAGUCUCCUCCCAAAGUCACAGACGUGAGACAACUGCUGGAGGAGAAGAGGAGUGGGCAGCGAGAGCGCCCCCCGGAGGUGUCCAGGGGAAAGACAGAUGUGCGUCACCGUUUGGGAAAGAGACAACGCUCCCCCUCCCCUCGCAGCCCCUCCCCCCUGCGAGACACGCCCCCAGAUCGAGAGCCAAUCAAGGACGUGCACCGCAGACUGGGCGUGGCCAAAGACAGGAAGACGGGUGCUCUCUGGAGCCGCCUGGCCUCCUCUGAUGAAGACUCUGCCCCCCCUGUACAAACUGCCUUCUCGUCGGCGGGCAGCAGGGCGGCGCCACAGCGGCGAGGCAGGGGAGACGAAGACUCUCAAGACGAAGACUCGCAGCUGCAACGUGUUUGGGGCGCCAUCAUCAAACAGAAACAAUCCACCCUCACGAAGAAGAGCAAGAAGAGCCGUCUGGACAACCUGCCCUCUCUGCAGAUCGAAAUCAGCCGCCAGUCCAGCGAGGACUCCAACUGA